AUAAAUAGUGUAUCCGAUAUAUGCGUGCACAUAAAUUAAUUCUGUUUUGUAACAAAAUAUUUCUCGUGAUUUGCUUAGGACUAUAUUCGCUUAUUCUUGAAAGGUUAUACUUUUACGGAGAAACAUUAAAGAAAAAAAACCGAAUUAGUAUGAGUACGUAUGAAGAUUACAACGAGACAUCUCAUAUCUACGACGACCAAAGAAUGGCGGCUGGAACAGACGUUAUGGCUGCCAUGUUACAGUUCUACAGCGGUAAAAAAUUGCAGGAUGUGCAUAUAUUAGAUGCUGGUUGUGGAACUGGGAAUUAUGCAAAAGAGUUCGCUGAUAUGGAUGUUGGUCAGAUAACGAUUUUGGACGCAUCAUCUGGAAUGUUAGAGAAAGCUAAAUGCAAACUUGCUGACUACAUGGCGAGAGGAGUGGUUAAAGAGGUUAUUGAGGCAAAGAUGCCUCCCAUCCCGUUUCCAGAUGAAUCUUUUGAUGCUGUCGUAUUUAAUCUGCUUAUGAAUCAUCUAGACAUAGACAAUCCUGCUUUUCCGAAUAGUGUUAAGACACUGAAAGAGUCUGUUAGGAUCUUACGCCCAAACGGGUUGAUUAUUAUUUCAACGGUCCUUGCAACAACGCUUUCUAGGGCCACGUGGUACUCGCAGCUGAAUAUGGAAUUGACGAACCGACAUAACGCAUCAGUUCUCCCCUCACUGGAACAGUUUGAACAAAUGUUUGAAGAUGCUGGUAUCAACUGUAUUCAAAAACUAAACAUAUUGGGUUCAGAUAUUUAUAAAACUUAUUACAACUUAGAUGAUAUUUUAGAUGAGUCCCUACGUGCACCCCGUGCAUACUGGACAUUUGCAACAAAGGAAGAGGUAGCUGAAGUUGUUCAGAAAGUCAAAGCCUUAAAGGCUAAAGGAGAAUAUGAGAAAUGGGUCAAGGAACAUGAUCACACUAGAACCACAGGAGUUGUCACUAUCUUCUUUUGUAAACCAAAUUAAGGUUACAUGUUAAACAACGAAUGUGCAUAGACAGAAUAAUCAGAUAUCUAAACUUAUCUAAAGCAGUGCCGUAACUACACUGAGGCACAUCGAGGCAGCUGCCUGUGCGUUUUGUUUUGAGCAAGUUUCAUUUUAAAUAUAUAUGUAUGUAAAAAUGUCGCAAUUGUUUUGGGGGCAGAACUAUUUGAUACAAAGACCGGAAGGAAAAGCAUAUUGGGUACAUCAAGAAUGCCUGAUCUGUCACCUACAUGUCCUUACUUUUAUAAAAAAUUGCCCCACAAGGGGCCGUAUUCAUAAGGCAUCUUAAGUAUAAGUUUUGACUUAAGUUGAAGAUUUUACUUAAUGUUGUGGUGAUUUCAGCUUAAGUCUAAGUAAAAAACUGAAGUCCUAUUCAUAAAACAGCUUAUACUUAAGACACGUAAGAAAUGACUUAAGUCAGAAAACAAAAAAAAAAUGUUGUUUUUUCAGAUAAAAGCACUUUAAACAUAAUUGUGCAUGUUGUAUCUGUCUGAAGUUAAUGUUGUUGUUUUUAAGGUUUUCGUCCACAAUAAAAGCCAAGAAUUACUUAUUAAGUUGUUCUAUGAAUAACAAAUAUACCUAUGUAAAAUAAAUUUCUUACCUAAGUAAUAGUUAAGUAAAUAAUCAAUUUCUUAUACUUAUACUUAAGAUGCUUUAUGAAUACGGCAUCUGAUCUAGUAAUAUUGUCUUAUAGAUCUAAGUAGAUGAAGCAAAUUUAUAAUGUCCACCUUCGGGGCGGCAUACAGAAAUUGCAGCGUCCGUCUGUCUGUCCGUCCGUCCGUUUGUUCAUUCGUUUGCUCAUUCGUUCGUUUGUCCUAAACUCGUGUCCAGUCUGUUACUUUGUCAUUUAUCAAGAAAUUUUGAUAUUACAUGUAUUUUAUUCCCGGCCGGUCCAUAGCUUUGUCAUACUUGGAGGCAUUCUAAUAUUACACUGCAAAAAUAUAUUCCAUAAUAAGAUGACGUGACAUGCCCAACAUCCAGGCUCUUAGCCCAAAGGUAAAGGUCAUACCCUGAGGUCAAAUGUCAAUAGUUUCUUCCCGUCCGUAAUUUUGCCAUCCAUCAAGGGAUUUUAAUAUUUUUGGCAAAUAUGUUUCUCCGAAUGAGUCAACUUGUUAUGCACAAAACAGAUUGAUCAAUGUCACACUUUGAGGUCAAAGGUCAUUGGGGGUGUUUUUCCUGUCUGGUCCAUUACAUAUACGUUAUACAAAAUGACAAAUAUUUCCCCAGAUAUAACAUGUCAGUUACCACUUCCAUUCAAAUAGGAGGUAGGGGGUGGGGGGCAUGCACCUUAUUUAUCACUCAUUUAUCCAAGUAUUCUACCUGUUAUAUAUAUAUUCUCUUUCUUUUUAGAAUGCGUUUGUAUUGUAAACUGUUAUUGCGAUACUCGAAUAUAUAAUUCCAUGAAAAAUACAAAACCUGAUUGAAUCACUGGAUUACAUACUAAUUCAGUAGUGUUUGUUGUGUAGAGGCACAGUCAACAAUAAAUCCAACAAAUAGUUA